CCUGCCGGGCGCCGCCGGACAGACACAGACGGACGGGGGGAUCUGACCGCGCCCCGUCGUCUCCUUUCGGCUGCCCUUAACCCCUCCGGCCUCCCGGCCCUGUUUGACAUUCGCCUCUCGCCCAGACCUCUCGCGGCCUCGGACCUCCCACGCCUUCAUCCUCCCUCUUUUCCCUGACUUCCAGCCUCUUGCCACCUGCUCACCCUUUUACGGUAUCUGCAGUUCUGUGGCCUUCCACCCAUUUUCGCCUCCACUUUUUAGUUUGGCCCCACCCUUUUUCACCAGCUUGAAAGUGGAGACCGAAAAAGGGUGGGAAGGUGUAAAACAGAUGGAAAGGCAAGCAAUGAAGUGGAGCCAAAAAAAUGGGAAGAAGGCUGAGAAAAAGCGGGAGUCCUUCCCUCCCUUUUCCCCUUCCUUUCUCCCUUCCCCUUCUCCUAAGUCUUCCUCUCCCCCUUCCUGUUUCCCUUUUUCUCUCCAUCCCCUUCUAGGCCUAGGCUUUGCCAUCUGAGCACACUCAAAGGCGUUGCUGCUGUAUUUGUGUUUGUUUCCGGGGGAAGAGUGAAACCCUGUGGGGACGAAGCCUGGUUAAGCUGAAAAAAAUGCAGCUAUUUUUCCUGCGGUCGGAGUUAUUUUUAACACCAGUAAGUUCUUACAUGCGAGUAUUUUUCCACUCAUUCCAUAACUCGGAAAUAGUUGAAAGGAGGUUAAUCAAACAUUUGAAUUAAGUGCAUCUUCAGGCAAAGGCUCAGCAUGGAAAAUUUUAGCUGCAAAACAGACGUUCUGGAGAAAAUGGAGCCUGCAGAGCCAGCAGGCAGCGCUGGGAUGGGCUGGGAAAGGCUCCGUGUACCAGUGGUAAUGGUGGGAAGGCAGCUGCUGGGAAAGGUGCUUCCAGCAGUGUGCAUGUGCUGCGCUGGUGCCAGUGAGUUGGUUACCCAACCAGACAGGGUUCUCAGGACAUUACAUUAUUAGCAUGGGCAAUACAUACAUACAUAAAUUUAACUGAAAUCACACGUAGCGAUGACUCAGAGGCAGCAUUCCCUCCAUGCUGGGGCAGGUGCAGCAAGGAAGGAGCUGCCACGGAAAGGCAAAGUGCGGGGGACUUCUAAGCUCUGAAAUGUCCUGCAUACGUGGACAGACUUCUAAAGCACUGCCCGGAGCCGCUGGACCUGCAUCUCAGGACAUGGGCGCUGGGCCUGGCUGAACAAAGGGGACCAGACAACAAAGGAUGUAAUGAUUUAACGCCCUCUGUACCCAGAGAUUUUUCCUGAUUUUCAGAGUGCAGCAAAAACAGGGGCACUCUUCUAAACACCGCUCUCUCAGGAUGGCUGUGAGGAACCACGUUCAGCCCCACACCGUCCGGCAGUGCUGUGGGACCCACAGAUCCAGGCUUCGGGGACGGCUGUGUGCACAGAGGCACCGCAUUGGUUCCGGCUGUGCAGUGCUGCAGCUCCAGAGCAGGCUGUGCACGCUGGCACAGAGGAGCAGUGGGUGCUGCUCUCCAGGCUGUGGCUGCACACAGCAGUGUGUGCACAUCGAAGCACUGCAGUACCACUCCUGGGAUGCUGUGCUGCGCUCCUUCCUCCUUCCUCACCUCCGCCUGCCUGCUAUGAACGGAGUCUUGGCUUUGUUUUACUGAUUUCUAUUUAGUAUCCUAAAAUAUUCACUCCAAGUUCCGCUUGACAGACGUCCCUAAUCUAAUCUCCACGUCUGCUUUCUAAUUUUCGCAGUCAGGAUAAAACAAAUCGGCCGCCGUUAAUUGCCUGCGCUGCAGCCGGGAGCUUUGGGCUGUGAUUUACGAGCUCGGAGCAGGCGCUCUGCAACGCAUUUUUCUUAAUUUAUUUUUAAUGAGUCUCUCAAUUAAUUUUCUUGGAAACAUCUUAAUGAUGUUGGAGGCGAGUGUUAAUGAGGUUUGCACCAGUGCCUCAUUUUGCAUAUCUUGAAGUACUGAAUGGCAUCACGAACACACGCUUGGUCCUAAAAAAGAGGAAGGAAUGGGACUGGGUGGAGACACCUAGCUCAGCUCCCACCUUGUUCAGGCACUGGGGCCGUGUGGGGCUGUCAGCAGCGAGCCCACCGAGAUGGGUAACCCUGCAGAGAUGGGUGAACCUGGCAGCAAGGGCAAGCAGAAGGGCAGUGCUGCACAUGGUCCUGCGGCUGGAACUCAUCUCAACGAACGGAACCAGGCCCUGGGCUCAGCAUCCGGGCUCACUGCGGUGUUCCCGUGCUUCCCCCAGAACAUGGGCACUGCAUCCCCUGCUGUGCCCAUCGGUGGCGCAGGCUGGGCUGCACGGCGCCCUGGUAAUUGUCGUGUGUGUGUGGCUGGAGGCAGCAGCUGGAUCUCCUUUGUUUCCUCACAGCAUGUCAGUCUUCAUUACACCAGAGAGGAAUGAAAAUGGAUUCACUUUUGUCCCAGCCAGAAUGUGGCAGCUGUUUAAUUUCAAUUAACGUGGCACUGAAAAGAAUAACAUUGCGGCAGUAAUUAAAGUGAGACGGCUCCAACCCCAGUGCUGCUCGGCAUGUGGUGCCGGCUCACCCAACAGAGCAACUGCUUCAGCCCUGCGUUCUCCCAGCAGCAGGCAAGGAGGGCAAGCAGCCUGGCACGGCUCGGCACGGCUCGGCACAGUGCGGUGCUGCUGGGAAAUGCUCUUCCCUUGCACUGGCAGAAACUAAGGCUAAAUUCAGCUCAGCAGUUCUGCACAGCAGUGCCAAUUCCUAGCUAAAACACCACUCAUGGAACUGCGGAGUGUGGUGAGGGCAUGGCAGGUGGAGCUGGGAGCUCAUCUGUACCAGGUCAGCUCUUCCGAGCCUUCCCACACCCAUGGGCACCACACCUACCCCUGAGCCUCCAAGUGUUAGGGUUGCACUCAGCCCCCUCGGACUUCCUUUUCCCCAGCAGCUGUGCCAGACCCCCAUGCUGUGGGCAUUGCGCUGCUGGGGCUGCCAGGCCCAAGCUGUUUGGGUACCGCAGCUCCUGCAGCAGAGGGAUCAGUGCUAUGUUUUUUCCCACUAUUGAUCUGGUGCUUUAAAAGGGGAAAAAAAUCUCCCUGGCUGUCUAAACAUUAUUGAUCCAUGCCGGGAAGCCGCACAGACAGGGAAGGGCGUGGAGAAAUUGAAAUUUAAUUUCCGACAACUUGUUCCUGUUACUUUUACCUUUUUGGACAGAAGCACGGAGCAGCAGCCGCCGUCGAUGCGGUCGAUCCCUCCUCUGGCAGCACUGUGCAGCUCUGUGAGCCCUGCCAGAAUGCAGCCAUCCCAGGGUACGGCACCUAUGGCACCAAGCACAGCUCCGCUCUGCACCUCAGCAGCAUGGCUGGAGUGCAGCACAAGGAUGGCACAGAGACGUGUGGGUGUGAACACCUGAGAUUGGCACGAGGCUGCCAGAAGGUUCAGCCCCUGCCAGCACUGGGCACAGUGGUGGUUUGCUGUGCAACAGCCUGGGCCAGGCACAGUGUCGCCGGGUUCUGGUUCCAGGCAUUGUCCUCAGAACAAGACCAGGACUGGGCUGCAGUGGGAAGAGUGCCAUGCCGUGCCAGGGACACAGCAUGGGCGAGGGGGAGAGCGGUGCAGGGAGGUGAGAGCUGCAGGCACCGCUGGGGCCCUGCACCCUGGAGAGGAGGGACUGAUGUUGCUGGGGUCGAGUCGAGCCCCUGUGUGCCUUCACUUCACAGGCAGCAGGCGCUCCUGGGAGCUGCAGCACCAAUGGUCAGAGAGAAUGUGACCAGAAUAUGGCACGUACAGGGAGGUUCCUGCUGUGAGAUGCCAGCCUAGGGAGACCCAGGGAGGGCUGUGAGGGGCAGAGGUGACCAUGGCAGAGCUGAGCAGCCACAUCCAGCAGCAGCAGCAGGAGAUGGAGUCCUAUCAGUCCCGGGGCCAGAGAGAAGCAGUAGGGCUGGAGCCACAGCAUGGGGGGGCCCAGACACGCCAGGACUCACAGCAGCAGAACACUCCAGCCUUCCUACAGAUGCUGCAGGUGGACUUGGACAUCUGCAGGGACAUGAACAGCAUGCGGCUGGCCCAGCUGCAUCUGCAGCAGCGCGUGGUGGAGCAGAAGCACCAGGACUUGAUCUCUCAGAAGCAUCAUUACCAGGCAAUGAUGGAGCAGGACCAGAAGGACACAGUUCAGAUAGAGGCCACCUCUGCAGAUUCCUGUAGUAGUUCCAGUGCAAGCGAUGAUCUCCUGGAGGAGUACACAGAGCAACUGGAGCAGGUGGCCACGCAAGCAGGCAGAGAGCACUGCAUGCAGAGGGAAGCCCAGGAGCAUCAGUGCUGGGCACAGGACAUGUCAUCAACAGGACACAGCACUGCUAAAGAAGAAGCCCAGGGCAGGAGGAGACAGUGCCAGCGAGCAAGCCUGUCUCGAGCGGCCCAGGUCCCAGCACGGUCACUGGCAGCCCAGAGCCGCCUACAGCACAAGGAGGAACAGCUGCAGCCACGUGCAGGGAGCACCAUGCAGUGCACAGAGGAACAGCCAUGUUCUUGUGCAAGGAGCAGUAUGCAGCACACAGCUGAUGGCAACGAAGUGGAGCCACGAGCACAGCAGGAGGUAGCAGAAAGCAGGGAGAUGGCAGUGUGGCUCCAGAUGGAGUUGAGCCGGUGGCAGCAGAAGCAGCAGGUGACUCUGGAACAGUCACUGCAAUACAUGCAUGCUGCUGCCCGUGCCAAACAGGAGCUACAAAAGAGCCAAGAGCAACUCCAAGCCCUGAAGAACCAGCUGAAGGCUCAGAAGGAGCAGAACCGGACCCUGCAGCACAGCCUGGAAAAGCAGCAAGAGGUGCUGGCAGCCACCAAGGCCCGGGAGAUGCAAAGUUUGCAGCAGCUCAGUAGACACAAGCAGACAAUCCACGACCUACAGCAGAAAGCAGCCUCGAGCAGAAAGAAGAUGGCAGAGCUGCUAGAGCAGGUGGAGGACGUGGCAUCCCUGAAGGCAGAGCUGGCCCAAGCCCAGAGAAAGAUAGGCCACAAUCUUCCACUCCUUUGUCGUUAUGAGAAAGAGAGGCAGCAGCUCCACAGGGAGCUCAAGGAGCAACAGAGGGCCCAGGUGCAGAGCCAGCAGGAGGCCCGCUCCUUCCAGGAGAAGCUGCAAAAGCUGAGCAGCCAAGUUCGGUACUGGCAGGAGUUACACCAGGACACUCAGCGAACUCUGGCUAGACGGGAAGAUGAGCUGUCUGUCUGCAACGCGGAGAUGGAUUUCAAGGAAGAAUUCAUCAAGGCCAUGAGACAGGCUCAGGCCAGGAACAGGCAGAACCACAGCCCAAGGACAGGAGGAGUGCAACCUGAGCCCCAGGCACCACUGAAGGACAGAUCCUGGCCUACAGGCAGGGCAGAGGCGGAAAGGCCGGGCCAGGAGUGGGCUAACUGCAGAGCCAGCACCAACAAGGGAGGAGGCGGUGGCGGUGGGUCUGUAAAAACCCUGCAUGCUUCCCACACCCCAGCCUGUUCUAAUAGCAGUAGGCUGCACCAGGACAGGAAUCUGAUGCUGAUCAAUAAUAGCCAGAGUGUGAAAGAGCAGAUGCAGUCAAAUGAGAAACACCACAAGAUCCAGCAGCAAGUCAAGCAGGCUGCAGAGUUCACAGGCGAAAACCAACAUCUUCAAGACACACUGGACAGCUUGCACGUGGAAAACACAUACUUCAGGGCUAGAACACAUGUACAGUACCACAAUCAUGAGCAGAUGAAGGCUCUACAGGGCAACAACCUGACUGCACGAGCCCUUCAGAACUUGGCAGGGCUGUCUCUGCCUGGAACUCACUCCAGGAUGAGAAGUGACACAAAACAACGGGAGGGUUAA